AUGGCAGCCACCGGCUUAAAGCAGCUGUCUAAUGCCCUCGCCACCCCAGACCAGCUUUCGAAUUCUUCUUCGUCGAUCGAUGGCGUACCCUCCGAUCUCGAAACGUCAAUCCGCGUCGCUGGGGCCCAGCUAACCCAGACUGCUGGGGUGCUCCUGGGUUUAUCGCAAGACAUCAUAGCUCAGGCUAUCGUCAUUUUCACGCGUUUCUGGCUAGGAGCAGACGGCGGAAGCUUGAGGAUAUACUCAGCUAAGGAUGUCUCGGCAGCCUCGCUCUAUCUCACAGCCAAAUUAUCUUUUCAGCCCACCUCACCACGCUCCGUACUGAACGUAUAUACUCUCCUGCUUUCCCAAGAUGCCUCGCCUCUAUGGUUCGUCAAUCCACGAGGAGCGCCCGUCCAGCCCCCGGCUCCAGAAAAAUAUAUUCUCACAGAAGGUGGAUACCAAUCUGCCCGGUUGAUCUUGUUGCGUAUUGAAACGGUUAUUCUGAGAACUCUCGGCUUUGAUACCCAUGUCGCUCUCCCUCAUACUAUUGCCUUGACCUAUCUCCAAACCCUUGGCGUGGCAAAGCCAGCCGUCGCUCGUGGUGUCGUGAAGCACCUAAAUGCUGCCCUCUUAUCCCCUCAGCUACUCUACGUCACACAUCAACCGAAUGCACUCGCUGUUGCCGCCAUCUACCUCACAGCCCGCGAAAAGGGUGUAAAAUUGGUUGAUGGAAACUGGUGGGAAGUGUUUGAUGUUGACCGGGAAGAGCUUGGGUUUCUGGUUGUGGGAAUGAGGAGUCUGGAAGGGUACUUGCGGAGAGAAAUGGAGCUAUGGAAGAACCAAGCCAUUCCUAUGGUCUUGGAAGAUGUUGAAUCGGAAAUUGAACGACGUCGCAUGAUGGAUGAGGGUGAAUGA